AUGGGCAGGACUGGCUGCCUGUUUGUGUUGCUGCUGAUCACUGAUUAUGUUGGCGCCGUGUUGGCGAUACCAGAUGACGAGUGCCCUGAUGCAUACCCAGCCCGGGAGAAUUGUGAGUUUGAUGAGGUCUGUGAGGAUGCGAGCUGUAAGUAUAACCAGUACGUUACCUGCCACCUGAACCGCUGUGGAACCUGUGAGGCUGUAUUCCGUGGCUACGACAACGUGACAGUACGCUGUGACCAGUUGACCCCGAAAUGCCGGCUAUUGCACCUGGAGAUGCUUCACAAGAUGCGGACAGCGAGCAGCCAGCCUGGGGGUAGGAGGGUGGAUGACCUCUACGACCCAGACUGUGAGACCAAUGGCACCUUCAAGGCCAAGCAGUGUGACGAUGACUCCAACCUCUGCUGGUGUGUGGACAGUGCAGGGGUCAGGGUCACCGACAAGACUGGCGACGACCCCAAAUGUGACCAGCUCGUCCGUGUCCAUCUCAUCCAGAUCGAUUUCAGCUUUAAAGUGGAGUUUAUCUUCCUAAAGAUGAAGGAGCAGGCUCUCCGCCGGAAGGUGGCCAUCAAACUGGUUAAAGAGUACACACUAAAGGCAACUCAGAUCCUGGAAAUCAAGGUCCAUGAAAUAUCCCGGGAAAUCAGCAUCCGACUCAGUGAGAAUGGGACAAAGGACCCAACGGACAUCUCCACUGUGGCCUAUUACAUUGAAAGAGAUCUAAAGAUGAACCAAUUCAUGCUGGAAGUGGAUGGAAAGAACCUGCAGGUGGAAAGGGAGUCGGUGCAGGUUUGGUUCUUUGACAAUGAGCCUCCUCGAAUCAAUAUGAAGACCAUUUCACCCGGCUUCGCAGCCAUUAUCAUUAUCAUCGCCCUGGCUAUCCUAACGGGGAUUGCAGUGUUUGUUGUUGUCAGAAGGAGAGCUAAAGAAGACAGACGGAGAAUCCAGUUUGAAGUGAUUGAGGGGCAAGAAAUGGAUGACCAUCACCUUGCUGAGAGGAUGGGCUUAGCGCGUUAA